AUGUCGAAUGAAAAUUCAAAAGAUUUUUAUUUACGAUACUAUGUUGGGCAUAAAGGAAAAUUUGGCCACGAAUUUCUUGAAUUCGAAUUUCGUCCAGACGGAAAAAUGCGUUAUGCAAAUAACAGUCAAUACAAAAAUGAUACUCUUAUUCGGAAAGAAGCAUGUGUGAGCAAAAUUGUGCUCGAUGAAUUAAAGCGGAUUAUUGAUGAUUCUGAAAUUAUGCAAGAAGAUGACGCAACAUGGCCAGAACCUGAUCGGAUUGGACGUCAAGAACUUGAAAUACUCCGCAAUAAAGAACAUAUUUCGUUCUUAACUGGUAAAAUUGGAUCUGCUGCGGACGUAAAUAAAAGCAACGACCCCGAGGGCUUACGCUCCUUUUACUAUCUGGUCCAGGAUCUCAAAUGUCUCGUAUUUUCCUUAAUUGGAAUGCAUUUCAAGAUCAAACCAAUUUAA